AUGAAGUUCAGACUUAUUGAAGAUGCAGUAGAAACAGAUGCACAGGAGCAUGCAGAGAGCGCAUCAGAGGAAAACGAAAUAGACUCAGAAGAGUUUUUCCAGUUAAACGCAAAGAACGACGAAUCAUCUGAGGAGGAGAACAUGUGGAGUGACUCAGAAGAAGGAGACGAGAAUAAUCACUGGACAGUUGAAAAAAUAGAAAAGAGACCAGGGCAGGUCCGAAAAACAAAGGCUCUCACUAAGAACAUACUAAAGUACACAACAAAGCACAUUCUUACAAUUAGAAGGGGAAUAGUGAAGGUGGUGACUGUGAAUGAGCGCAUUUACCUACUGGACAGAACUGGCCACAUAUAUCUACUAGACCAGUCAGAGGAGGAGCAGAAGCCAUUGCAAAGAAUUGAAGUCAAAAAAGGCUUGAAGGAAAGACUUUUCAAGGACUUUAUAGUCUGCGAAAAUGGCAAUAUAUUGGCACUAACAAAGUUAUUCCAUGCAUUCAGCAUAAUAAACCCAGAGACAGGCGCAAUAAACGAAGUGAAUCUGUACCAGUACAAGGACAAGGCAUAUAGUAAAAUAAUAAGAAUAGAAAGUGGCUGUGUGCUUGUUUCUGGUAGGUCACUGCUCGUAUAUAAUCAUAAUGCCUUACUGGUUGACAGAAUAGAGAUGGAAGAAAAGGUAGAGGAUCUUGUAGAGGACGGGGAGUACUUUAUGGUGCUUCUAAGAAGUAAGCUAGUAAGAUAUUCCAGAAAAAUGAAAGAGUCCGUUGCUGAGUCAGAAGUUCUUGUUGGCCCGCAUGCACUCUGCAUUUUCAAUGACUCCGUGGCAGUUGGUGGAAAGGGAGGACUUUCCAUCUUCCAGAAAAGCACGCUUGAAGUAAAGAAAGAGCUAAGUAACUUGGAGAAUGUCACUUCUGUCAGCUACAUUGAAGAGAUGGGCAUUCUUGUCUUUGGUGACAGGGAAAAGAGCAAUGGCAUUCGAAUGUACAACGCAAAAGAAGAAAAAGUAAUCACCACCUUCCCACCAAGCAAGGGCCUAAGCUACAUUGGUGGGUUCACAUGCAGUGCACGCAGUUUGUACUUUGGGGUCAAGGAGCGUCUUUAUCUUCUCUCUAUUCCAAACUAG